CUUGUCUGUUACUGAACAAUGAAGUUUGCCACAAAGUAAUAAGAUACCUGCUGCCCGAAUGGCUAGCAAGCUAAGUGCUGAAAUGAUAAACUAUAAUUGAACCGUCAAUGCUUAUGAACAAACCACAUAAACUACGAAUUUACCUUUAAUAUCUUUGGGGGAAAAAUGAAUCCUUAGCUCUCUAGUAUUCCGUUUGUUCUUCCCACAAACAACACAUCGGUUGCCGGCGUCGGGAGCCAUGUUUAUAUCUACCGCCGCGCCACCUAGCCAACGGUGAAGCUCGAAUUGUAUCAAGGAACAUCUAGAUAUUCCUUGAUGUGUAAAGACAGACGACAUAUCAGCGAUUCACCGCCAUCUAUAGGACAAGCAUUCAACUUAUAGGGAUUGAAUUAACCCUGGAAGAAUACACGCUCCAUACUGAUAUUCCUUGUAGGGAAGGUUGGCGGGGUUGAGGCCAGCAAGUAAAGAGUCCUGUCACCUGUGGCGUAGUCCUCGGAAGGUAAGAAGGAGUACAGCAGGAAACAUGGCCAGUGCUAUUCGCCAAAACUAUCAUGAAGAAUCCGAAGCUGCAAUUAACAAGCAUAUUAACUUGGAACUACAUGCCAGUUAUACCUUCCUCUCAAUGGGCUAUCACUUUGAGAGAGAUGAUGUAGCACUUCCAGGAUUGUCCAAAUUCUUCAAGGACCACAGUGAUUUUGAGCUUGAUAAUGCUCAAACGUUGAUGAAGUAUCAGAACCAGCGCGGGGGCCGUGUUGUAUUACAGGCCAUACCUGCACCCUGCCAACAGGAAUGGGGACAAGGGAUGGAGGCUCUCCAAGUAGCUUUAGAUCUUAAAAAACAAAUAAAUAAGAGUCUCCUAGAUGUUCGUGAAGUGGCGUCAAAAAAGGACGACGCUCAUGCUGCCCAUUACCUGGAUGAUACUUUCUUGGAUGAGCAGAUUAAGACCAUCAAGAAACUUGGGGACAUGCUGAAACAGCUCCAGAGGGCUGGAGAGAAAGACCUGGGACUACAUAUUUUUGAUAGAGAUUUGUAGUAAUUUUUACCUAUGGAUUAUGAUUAAUUAAUUUAAAAAUUUCUUGAAAAUAUGACAUACUAGUCUUGCAGCUUUUUUAAUUUCGAUUACCAAUUUUUUUGUCAAGUUUAAUGCAUUUCUGGUGUACUGUACUUGUAAAGUAUUAUAUUAGAUGUAAUUCUGUAGGGAAUAAUUGAUACACAAUUAAUUUUCCCAUUAGUGAUGGGAUAAGGUUGUUGUUGACAGAAAGUAGAAUUUUUUUAAGCUUCCUAUAAAGGUUGGAUUUACACAAUUUAUGCUUUGUGUAAAUUUUGCUGUCAAUUUUGACAAUUGUCAUUUGAACCAAUAGAUUUUAGGCUUAUGUCUUGCUUUCAUUCAUCGAGCAUGUAAUGUAUUAAUCUUAUGUAUUCUAUACAGUAUUGAACAGUUUUACAGUAAAGCUUGCUUAACCUGUAGA